GGACGCACGCAUUUCGUCCUUCUACGAACCUACGAGCCGUUGAAACUUUUGCGAAUUUAGAAUUAUUGUGUAUGAAAAUAAGUGUAUUAUUUUUUAAUAAUAACUAUUAGAGUUGUAAAAAAUAUAGUUAUUUUUACCGGCAUGCGUGAUUUUUAAUUAGUGAUUUUUUAAUGGUUAUAAUAGUGUUUAGUCAAAAUAGGUGGACAAGAGAUUAUAGGCCAUGCCAGGCGUGAUCAGCCUUACUGUAACGGUCCUACAUUGAAUUGGACGUUAUGCGUAUACCAUAUACAGCGGAUUUUAUCUAUCCUGAUGCCUUUUUAUGAUGAUAUCCGGCUGGACGCCAACAUGAGUCUGACGUUUAACACGUCAGCAAAAUGGCUCAUCGAAAUGGCGAACCGGACUGUCAUCAAUCCGAACACUCUUAUAGAAAAGUUCUCUCAGAACCGAACUGUCGACGAACCUACUAGAACUCUUCUUCUGACGUUUUAUGGGAUCCUGGUAGUCAUUGGGGCCGCUGGGAACUCGCUAGUCGUUAUUUCUGUAGUCCGCAAGCCCCAAAUGAGGACAGCCCGCAACAUGUUCAUAGUGAACCUCGCCGUUUCAGACGCGCUGGUCUGCUGCUUUGGAACCCCUCUGACUCUAAUGGAACUGCUGACCAAACACUGGCCGCUGCCAGACUGGUCGUGUCUUUGUAAGGCCACGGGUGCCAUCCAGGCCAUUUCGAUCUUCGUGUCUACUAUCACCAUAACAGCUAUCGCGCUGGAUAGAUACCAGCUGAUCGUGUACCCUACAAGACAAGGCCUGCAAACGAUGGGCGUCCUCAUCAUAAUGUUCUGCAUCUGGCUCAUCGCCUUCUUCCUCGCUUCUCCCCUCUAUAUGUUCAGGAACCUCAAGACCCACAACAUCGGCCUCAUUGGCAUGGACUCCCUAAGCUUCUGCAUCGAAGACUGGCCAAUCGCCAACGGAAGGGCUAUGUACUCCCUCUUUAGCCUCAUAUUCCAAUAUCUCCUUCCCGUUCUAGUCGUAGUUAUAGCUCAUAUUCAAAUUCAUAGAAGACUUAGAGGACGAAGACGAUCCACUAGAAAAACUCCUACUAUCUUGAUAGCGAUCGCAGUGACUUACGUCAUAAGCUGGCUACCGUUGAACGUAUUCAACUUGGUAGCAGAUUUCUCGAAAGAACCUAUUCUGGGAGAGGAUCAAAUGAUAAUAACGUAUGCUAUCUGUCAUAUUAUUGGAAUGUCGAGUGCGGUAUCUAAUCCGUUGCUAUACGGAUGGCUGAAUGAUAACUUUAGGAAGGAGUUUGAGGAGAUUCUCUGCUGCUGCAGAAAGAAAGGGCAGAUGAAAGACCAAAGAGGGAAGAGGAAGAUAGACACAGAGUUGACGGCGUUAGCGCAGCUGGAGCAGACUGUGACAACUAACACGAAGACUUCGCACUGCUCUCAAAUUUUCUGACUAAAAAGCUGCUGCCAAUAGCAUGAGCAUAGCAGCAUUGAAAUGCAAAGCAUUUAAAAUGCUUGUUAAUUCGAACUCUUCUAGCUAAGGUGUACAGUUCCUUUCUACGUUAUGUUAUGUUAAGUGUAAUCUAUGUGAAUAACUGUAUAGUUUGUAUAUAUGUAAAUGUUAUUGUUCGUGGUUUACGUUUUUAUGAGCCCAAAACGUAGAUUACUUACAAUGUCGUGUUAAGGUUUUAUAAUGAAAUUAAAUAUUACUAUGCA